AUGGGCUUCUCUCGCGCCUUGGUUACGGCACUCACUUAUGGGUCUAUUGCCCAAGCCACAUACGAUGUCUUUGACUAUGUAGACCCAUUAAUUGGAACAACCAAUGGAGGACAUGUAUUUGCGGGCGCAACUCUUCCAUUCGGCAUGGCCAAGGCCGUAGCCGAUUCAGUAAACGAUAAUGCCGGCGGUUAUGCUUCAGAUGGCGGCCCCAUAACUGGAUUUUCUCAUAUGCACGACAGUGGAACAGGUGGUGGAGCUUCUCUUGGAAACUUUCCUCUGUUUCCGCAAAGCGGCUGUUCUGGCGGCAGUCUUGACAACUGCUAUUGGACCAAAAAUGACCGCCAAUCGAUGCCUAUCAACAGUUCUGUGGAGGCCCAUCCAGGAUUCUUUUCGGUUACUCUCAAUACUUCCAUCACAGCAGAGAUGACAGUGGCGAACAAAACAGCGCUAUAUCGAUUUACGUUCCCUGACGAGCCUGUGCCAAUGAAGGGAGGCGAUGCGACGGGCGCAAAUGCUAUCCCGUAUGAGCCAGUGAUUUUGGUCGAUCUGACAGAUCUGUCGGAUUCCAGAAGCAAGGGAAGCGUAAAAGUUGAUUCCAGCAGCGGGCGCAUUACUGGAUCGGGCACAUUCAACCCGUCUUUUGGAGUCGGCACAUACAACUUGUAUUUCUGUGCUGACUUCAAAGGAGCCAGCAUCAAGGACACUGGCGUCUUCCAGAAUAACAGAGCCGGAACAAACUUUAAGCAGCUUAAUACAGAGACCGCAACGGUUACAGGCCCACCUGUGCCCGGAGGUGCCUUUGUCCAGUUCAACAAACCCAGCAACAAUCAGAUAUUGGCCAGAGUAGGUUUGUCAUUCAUUAGUGUGAAUCAGGCAUGUGGCAAUGCCCAAUCCGAGAUUCCUAGCUUUGACUUUCAAGGUACUCUGGAUACGGCUGAGGACGCAUGGCGAAAGAAGCUGGGUGUUGUGCAAGUCGAUAAUACAGGGGUGGACACCGACAUCCUGACGACAUUUUAUUCGGGGCUUUAUCGAUCCAUGAUCUCUCCUCAGGAUUACACUGGAGAGAAUCCACUGUGGCAGAGCAGCGAGCCUUACUAUGACUCUUUUUACUGCAUCUGGGAUUCCUUCCGCAGCAUUCACCCGUUGAUUACGCUUGUCGACCCAUACAGCCAAACACAGAUGAUCCGCGGACUCAUUGACAUUUAUCGCCACGAGGGAAAACUGCCCGACUGUCGCAUGACUUUCUGUAAAGGCUGGACACAGGGAGGGAGUAAUGCAGAUGUGGUUUUAGUUGAUGCGUAUCUGAAAGGACUUCAUCAGGGUAUCGACUGGCAGACUGGAUACGAGGCGUUGAUCUCAGAUGCCGAAGACGAGCCUGUGAACUGGGGAAUUGAGGGACGUGGCGGCCUAUCCAGCUGGAAGACGCUUGGAUAUAUUCCCACUGAUGAUUUUGACCCUAAUGGGGUUGGUACCUUUUCACGAUCCAUCUCAAGAACCGUCGAAUAUGCUUACAACGACUUUUGCAUUGCCGAAAUGGCCCAGUCUAUCCACAAGACAGCUGAUGCAGAGAAAUAUCUUAAGCGUUCCAAAAACUGGAAGAAUAUGUGGAACCCGAACCAAAACUCAUACAUCUACGUCAACCAAUCUGACGGCUCGACUGGCUACGUCGACAGUGGCUUCUACGGAUUUUUGCAGCCAAGAUAUUUGAACGGCACAUUCGGCUAUCAAGACGCGAUGGAAUGUACGCCGAUGUUUAAUUUUGACUCCUGUUACUUGGUUCCUACUGGCCAUGAGACCUAUGAGGGCAGUAGCUGGCUAUAUACCUUCUAUGCUCCUCACGACAUGAGUGAUCUGAUCACCACUCUUGGCGGCCCAGAUACAUUCACCAAGCGCCUUCAAUUCCUUCACACGACUCCAAACUUGCUUUACUUUGGCGAUGAGCAGGCUUUCCUUCUGGUCUUUCUCUUUCACUAUGCUGGUCGUCCCGGCUUGUCUUCGUACUUUAGCCACCACUACAUCCCUUCCCUUUUCAACGCCGGCGUUGAUGGCAUUCCCGGCAACGACGACUCCGGCGCCAUGGGAGCUUUCAGCACUCUUGCCAUGAUGGGUAUGUGGCCAAUGGGCGGACAGAACGUCUAUCUCAUCUUGCCCCCAUACUUCCCAGAGGUGAGCAUCAAGAACGGCCUGACGGGCAAGACGGCGACGGUGAAGAACAUCAACUUUGAUGGAGGGUAUGAGAAUAUUUAUAUCCAAAGCGCGAAGCUGAACGGAAAGCCGUAUACGAAGAGCUGGAUUACGCAUGAUUUCUUUGCGAAUGGAGGCGUGCUGGAGUUGACGCUGGGGAAGAAUGAGAGCAGCUGGGGCACAAGCUCAUCUAGUCUGCCGCCUAGUUUAGAUCUAGACAUCUAG